CGACGUACAGUCUCAAGGUGGGUCAAGGCCGGUAUCUAGUUCCGGCCUCUGUAAUCUGUGUGCUUAUCGCAAAGGGAGUAACGAGGAAUACUUCCGGCCUUUGCUAUAUAGUCGCUUCGUUUCGCACACGCUUCCAAAUUUCCUUUCCAUCACUCAGAAAUUUGCAAGAAUCUGAUUUCCUUAGCAUUUUUUCUGUCACCCAUCAUGCCUGGAAUUAUCACCCAGCCUACUUCUCUGUCUGUUCCUCAUGAUCCUUCUGAGCUUCCCGUCGGCUCUGAUCCUUUCUUGAUUACUGCCCAGAAUGGAUAUCUUCCUACCCAGCUGCCCCUUCGUAGGCUGCCCAAGGCCUUUGAUGCUUUGAGCGAUAUCCUCGAUGACAUGCCUAUCCUCAAGGAAGACGGCACUCCGGGUCUUCUUGCCAACUUCAAGCUUGGUCCUCUGAUUGACUCUGGAGCUCUUCCUGACCUCACCGAUGAGAUUGACAAUCUUGUUGUCGAGAGUGGAGAGGUUGAUAUGCCUGCUAUCACUGCAGCUUUCCGUGAUUACUCCUUUGUUGCUUCAUCCUACCUGCUGGAACCCUGCUGGCAGGUAUACAGCAACAACCCCGAUGAUGGCUAUGGCCUUGGUCGUCAAGUCCUUCCCAAGUGUAUCGCUGGCCCUCUGGUCAAGUGUGCUGACAUCCUUGACAUCCCAGCUUUCAUGUCGUACGCUGCUUCCUACGCCUUGUACAACUACUACCUUGUCGACCCAUCCGCCGGCCACGACGACUACUCCAACAUCCGUCUCAUCCGCGCCUUCGAAAAAGGUCUUGAUCCAAAGUCCUCCGAAGCCGGCUUCAUCCUCACCCACAUCCACAUGGUAGCCCAAACCGGCAAACUCAUCGAAGGCGCCGCCGGAGUCGUAGAAGCCAUCUCAUCAGCUCGCGCCUCCUCAGACUCUCACGCCAUCCCCGACGCCAAAGCAGGCCUAACAUCCAUUCUUCGAGCCAUGACGCUCAUCGAAGCCAACAUGGAGAAAAUGUGGGCAAACUCUUUGCCUAAGGAUUAUAUGACCUACCGCACCUUCAUCUACGGCAUCACCAAUCAAAGCAUGUUCCCCGAUGGCGUGGUCUACGCAGACUGCUAUGACGAUAAACCACAAUUCUUCCGCGGCGAGAGUGGUGCAAAUGACAGCAUCAUCCCCCUCCUCGACCACGUCUGCGAAAUCCCCAUGCCCGAAAACCCACUCACGCAAAUCCUACGCGAGUUCCGCCAAUACCGCCCAAAACCGCACCGAGAGUUCUUGACCUCCAUCCGCGAGAAAGCAGCUGAUGUAGGUGUGCGCGACUUCCUCACAAAUUCUGGCGAUCUCGGUCUCGUGGUCUUGUAUCUGCGUGUCUUGGAUCAUAUCCGCAGUUUCCGCUGGCGUCAUUGGCAGUUUACCAGGGAAUAUAUCAUCAAGCGCACUUCGCACCCUGUGGCUACUGGAGGCAGCCCGAUCAUUACAUGGUUGCCCAAUCAGUUGUCAGCGGUUAUGCAAUUGAUGGAGGAUGUGUGCAAGGGAUCUGGACUUUGGGCGGUUCUUGCAGAGGGAGUCUGGAGUGGAGGCGGUGCUGAGGGUGAUUUGAGCAAGAAGGAGUUUGAGUUGAUCAAGGGCAUUAUGGAUAAUGCUGUUGAUCAAAAGGAGAAACUCGCCAAGGAGGUUGCCAAGUAUUGUCAGGAUAGAGGUGUGGAUGCUUUGAAGGUUUGAAAACGGUAGUGGAAAAAGAUUGUUGGGUGUGCUUGCUUUUUAUACUUUUUUUUUGGACUUUUGUUAGUAGUUUUGUUAUUUUGAAUGUAGUACUUGUUCUGGUC